AUUUUCCAUUUUGUCAAACAAUAAGAAAAUUAUUUUCAUUCGAGCACAUACCGACCUAGAGCUGCCUUAAAAAAUAUUUUAAAAAACAAUGACCGUUUCUUAUAACGCCGAAGUAGCAUCCUGUCGUGGUUUUGGUUGCUUUCUCACACUACUAAGAAGAUGGCGCGGCAGCAUUUACAAGCUCAUUUGGCGUGAUUUGCUGGCCUUUCUGUUCAUAUACUAUAUGCUCAACUUGAUUUACCAAUUCGUUUUGAGUGACAAAGCACAAAGCAAUUUUGAGAACCUUGUGCACUACUGCAACAGCUACGGCUCGCUCAUACCGCUCUCAUUCGUGCUCGGCUUCUAUGUCACAGUUGUAAUGCAACGCUGGUGGGAUCAAUAUAUGACCAUACCUUGGCCAGAUCCGAUAGCUGUCUUCGUGAGUGCCAAUGUGCAUGGUCAGGAUGAGCGUGCACGUGUUAUGCGUCGCACCGUUAUGCGCUAUGUUUGUCUUUGUCUCACCAUUGUAUUUACACAAAUCGCGCCACGCGUCAAGAAACGUUUUCCCACGCUCGAUCAUCUAGUCGAAGCGGGUUUGUUGUUGGAGAAUGAGAAGCUUGUCAUACAAGACUUAAAUGUCGCCUUUCCGAAGUAUCCAAAAUACUGGUUACCUAUCGUUUGGGCUGCCAGCAUUAUAACGCGUGCACGUAAGGAGGGACGCAUACGUGAUGAUUUCUCGGUAAAAACCAUUAUUGAUGCUUUGAAUACAUUUCGUGGCAAUUGUGGCGUCUUGCUGUUCUAUGACACCAUUUCGGUGCCACUGGUGUACACGCAAGUCGUCACGUUGGCGGUGUAUACCUACUUCAUUUGUCAAGUGAUCGGUCAUCAGUGGACUAAGCAUGACAACCAGAACUAUGUGGAUCUCUACUUUCCAUUAUUCACCACUUUGCAAUUCUUCUUCUACAUGGGUUGGCUAAAAGUGGCCGAGACGCUGAUAAACCCUUUUGGUGAAGAUGACGAUGAUUUUGAGGUCAACUGGAUGAUUGAUCGCAAUCUCCAAGUUUCCUAUCUCAUUGUCGACGAAAUGCAUCACGAGCAUCCCGAAUUGGUCAAGGAUCAGUAUUGGGAUGAAGUUUUCCCCAAUGAACUGCCCUAUCAAGUGGAUAGUAAGCGCGAACAGCCACCGGUACAGUCCACCGCCAAAUUGGACUUUAACACCAACCAAACAGCGCUCUCACGAUCUGAGUCCAAAUAUGAUGGCAUGACCACCAGCACACGAAUUGAGGACCGUCCCACAGCAUCGUCUUCACUCAGCCGCAUGACCGACACCAGUUUACGCUUUCGUACGGCUUUGCAAAGAUUUCUCUCACGCGAACCCAACGAAAAAGAGAGCAAUAUAUCACAGCCAGAUGCCGAGAAGCAAACUUCCGCACAAACUAAUGGUUCCGUGCACUCCCUUAUCAAAUCGCCGACCACAAUACGACCUGCCGAAGCUUUGCAUAUAAUCGAUGAGAAAAUCGAUGAUAUGGAUGCUGAUCGAACACUAACCGAACAUCCGGAGAUAUCGCCGACCAAAGAUGUGCGCGAAAUAUUUCGUGGUGACGCUGAGGAGGGCAUAACACCGAGUAGCGUGGAGAGUAUCCGCAGGGAAAGUGUCACAUCGGCGCAGGUUACAUUUGAAGACGUGGAAGAGGAUGUUGAGGAGGAGGAAGAGCCCGAAGACGAAUUCGAACGUUUGCGUGAAGAGCGCGAACGUGAACGUUUCGAAAGGCAAAAAUUGAAGUAUGCACGCGGCAUUUCGGCUGCGACCAAUCUGAAUUUGGACGCUGAUUUGACAGGCGUACCGGCUACGCAAUCGCCAACAGCGCGUGGCAUGCCAACGACUGAGGAAACCUUCAGUGUACAUUCGUUGACCAGGCAGAUGACAUCACCUAUGGCAAUUGGAACGGCACAACAGUCGCCACAACAGCAACAAGAGCAACAAAAGGAUUCAACAACUAAACGGAAGCCAAAGAGACAGCAGGAACAUGAAGAUAAUGGUGAAGAGGAGCUCGAUGAAGAGGAACACGAAGAAGAACGGAAGUAGCUGAAAGCAAGGCAUUUGCUAUGGUAAAAUUUUAUAGCCAUUUUCAACAUUCCACAUAUUUAUAUGAAUUAUUUAUUUAUUUUAUCUAUAUGAAUUAAUUUAUUACUUUGCAAAGGCCUUUUCUAAUACUUCUACAUUCAUUAUAUUGCCAAAUUUUGCCGGCUUCCAUUAAAAUAAAUAAAACUUUGCAAUAAUUCAAC